AUGAGCAAGCUCUUCAGUCCCAUCCAGGUCGGCCGUAUGGAGCUCUCCGCCCGCCUGGCCAUGGCCCCAAUGACUCGCUUCCGCGUCGACGAGAACCACAAUCCUCUCCCAAUGGUGAAGGAAUACUACGAGCAACGCGGCUCAACACCAGGAACCCUCCUCAUCACUGAAGCCACCAUCAUCUCCCCACAAGCCGGCGGCUACAAAGCCGUCCCAGGCAUCUACACCGACUCCCAGAUCGCCGCCUGGAAGGAAAUCACCGACGCCGUGCACGCCAAGGGCUCCUACAUCUACAUGCAACUCUGGGCACUCGGCCGCGUCACAGACCCAACCUACCUCCCCAAACUGGGCGACUACGACGUCGUCUCCGCAAGCGACAUCCCCGCCGCCUCAGGCGCCGCCAAGCCGCGCCCCCUCUCCGAAUCGGAGAUCCAAACCUACAUCCAAGACUACGCGCAAGCCGCGCGCAAUGCCGUCGCUGCGGGCUUCGAUGGCGUCGAAAUCCACGCUGCGAAUGGGUACCUGAUCGACCAGUUCAUCCAGGAUGUGUCGAACCAACGCACGGAUAGCUGGGGCGGCAGCGUCGAGAACCGCGCUCGCUUCGCGCUGGAGAUUACGCGGGCCGUGGCCGAUGCCAUUGGCGCUGACCGGACUGGAAUUCGAUUCUCGCCCUACAGCACGUUCCAGGGCAUGCGGAUGGCGGACCCAAUUCCGCAAUUCACGUAUCUGGCCUCCGAGAUUGCGAAGCUGAAGCUUGCCUAUGCGCAUAUCGUCGAGCCCCGGAUUGCGGGUAAUGCUGAUACUGCGGAGACUUCUGAUGGGCUGGAGUUCUUCUUGGAGGCGUAUGGCAAUGCCACGCCGGUUAUUAUUGCUGGUGGGUAUAAGGCAGAGACGGCUCUUGAGGCUAUCGAUGGCAAGUACCGAUCGUAUGAUGCUGUUAUUGGAUUUGGGCGGCCGUGGACGUCGAACCCGGAUCUGCCUUUCCGACUUAAGGCUAAUGUCCCGCUUGUUCCUUAUAACCGGGAUACCUUCUAUAAUGCUGGGUCUGCUACUGGCUAUAUUGACUGGGACUUUAGUCCUGAGUUUAAGGCUACUCAAGUGGGGGCUUAG